ACACGAUCGAAAUGGGCCGAACGAUCUCGUGUUCUAGAGACUUCAUUUAUAUGCGUAUUUCUUUUUUGUUACUAUUCAUUUCUGUACUAUUCAUUUCUGUGGAAGCUACGUCAAGGUAUCGAGUUGGCGCCAUGGAUUAUUCAGGCUACGCUGGCGGCACCUUUGUGGUUUUUGUGCGAUUCGACCCAGCCAUUUUUACCAACAGAACGCAGCACAAUUUUUACGCUCACGUCUUCAACAGUGGUCCAGGUUCUUCUGUUGAGGCCCACUGCCUGGCCACUGUGGACGAAGAAGAGGACUACCCUGUCACGAUGCCAGACGGCAGAACCACACACAUCAACACACCGAGAUAUUUUACGCGAGUAAGAGUUUUUCAGUUUCUUAUACUGAAUCCUGGCUUAUUUAAAAUCUCUGUCAAAGCAAUGAAAGGAGGCUUGGGCCGGCAACAAGAACCACUAUUCCGUGGCGACACCAUCUUUAACUGGGUGAACAUCAAUGUAGAGUCAUACAAGAAUAAUGAGUGUCUCAAAGUCGCAACGUUCAGUGUAUCAGCCGGCAAUAACACUAAAGAUGCAUCAACACUUCCCAAAAAGAAAGACAUCCUCAAUGUGGCCCUUGGAGCUCACCUUCUGGUGGUCAGAAAAAAACGAGAUAUAAGGUGUAAAGAGUACACAAGAAAUGAGUGGACUGUGACGAAAGUAGACCAGGAAACACCCACCUCGAAAGCGAGCAUCCCAGAACAGUGUGAUAAUUAUAGGAGAAUCAGUGGCAUGAACCUGUCCGGCCUAGUGUCUUACUUUGCCAGGGUGCCCGUGACCUACCCAAUGGACCUGCCCACGUUUACUAUUCCAUCCUUCCUUUUACCACCUGGGGGAAACUACCGCAUCUGUGGGACCUUCACAAACAGUGAUGGACUACGUAUACUCUGUGCUCAAAUAACGACUGUCGAGAGUAACGUCACCGACUUCCUAAGAGUCGUGGUCACACCUGCAGAGGAAUCGUUUACCUGGCCCCAAGCGGAUCUCUGUAUUGAUGCCAGCAGAUCUUACUUCAUCUAUGAACUGGUAGAGGCUGGCUACUUUUGGAACAAAACUAUCCGAUUUGCAUGGACUUGUGAAGGAGACGCAUCAGUUUGUGAUUAUAUUAUAUCAGGUCAGAAAUUCGAUCCUGAAUUCCAACAGCAAGGCGUCAACUUGGUACACACCACAGCUCCGAAACUGUGUAUCAAGGAGUACUGGAUUCAAGUCCCAAGUAGCAUCCGUAUUACACUGAUGGUAUCGGUCAAGUACAAAGUGAAAGAUAAAAUUCAUGGAUUCCAGAAAACUGUGUUCCGAGACAUAAACUUUGUGCAAAACAAAGGCGUCAAGGAAGGUGUGAUUAUAAACCCCCACGUUUUUAUCAGAUGUCUACUAAACUGUUGGUACUAUAUAGACAAGGAUUCCCCAAUGUUGUUGGGGUUUGGUUGCUCCAAUUGUGAAGAGUUGAUUCCAGAAAGAAUUCGUGUUCUGUGGAGCAUUCGUUCUAAUGACCCUAAGUGGUCUCCCUUGACUGAGGGUAACACAACUUUUUAUUUUUAUAUACACAAUUUCCACCUGAACGUUUCCAGCGAAAUUGUCGUCCAUCUUAUGUGCACCUAUUCAAAAGUAGAUGGAGGUACUCUCCAGUCCAAUGCCACUCGACGAUUUGAAGUACCAAUUCUAGAUGUCAGGUUUCAAGUGAAAGAAAGACGUCCUGUUAGAAAUAAGAUAGAAGAGCUGUACGAAGACUUAAGGGAUAUAUAUAUCUAUUUCAAGGAAACUCCUCUUCAGAACAGUUUUGGGCUCUACCCCAUGCUCUAUAUAACAGAGAUAGAAGUGCAUGAAACUGAGGACUCAUGUGAUACCAAUCAAGGCUGGAUACUUUACAAAGACGCACAGGCAUGUAUCCGCCCGGUGUCCUUGUCCCUAACUUGGACAGAAGCCUAUUAUUAUUGUCGCAUUAUCUAUCACAACGCCAGUCUUCUUGUCGUAGAUGGGGACCGCAAAAUCAGAUUUAUUCAAGAUAACUUUGGAGCUUGGGAAAAAGUAAACAUUAAGAAGUUUCUUGUGAUGAGACAGAAAGCUUAUCAAAUGAAGGAGUGCUUUACCUUGAAUACAGAAACUGGUAACCUAGAGAACGAUACAUGCCAAGACAGACUUCCCUUUAUCUGUGAAUAUGAUUCUGCAGCUUAUUCAAACAGUUCACGACAACAAAAUUCUUCUUUGGUUCUACUAAGAAGUUUUUCCAUGCCAGCGGCUAUAAGCAUUGCUCCUUCUCCGAGAAAUACCACGUUUACAGUAUCUGUCGUGACAUCAUCAGGUUUUAAAGCGGCCACUUUUAACUAUACAAUCUCAUCUAGGAGGGUAAACGUCAGAAGCAUAUGGCUAUUGUAUUUGAGCUUUCAGCAAAAACUAACUUCAGGUCUAACUCACUUGUGGACGAUAAGUUCGAUACUUCAGACUGAUUAUGGAAGGAAGAGGUCAGCAUGGAGAAAGGAUGUCCUAAGAAUCCUGAGGGAUAUAGUGGAUUCCAAACACAUUAUCAAUUAUAACAAUGUGGAUCUUCUCCUCGCAAUACUGAAACGUUUUCUACAACUGGGAGACAAUUCCCUUGAAAAAAUGGGCUUAAUUCUGACGUCAAUUAACAAUGUGAUCAACGUCCAUACAGCGGUACCAAACGAUCCUUUGGGGGAUGAAGCCUUAUUCAGGUUAGAGGUGAACGUCCUUGACACACUAAAACAGGCUGUGAUUGAUUCUGUCAUUAACAGUGUUGUUGGAGCCGAUGACUUCAAGGUAUUUCUUUUAUCUGAUGGAAUCAUGAAUGCAAUGUACAAAGUGAUCACAUAUUAUGCCCUCAAAGUAGGACAGAGAUUUCCAGCACAGUCAAGCAUAAAGUUGCUGGACAAGUCAUCAGUCACGGCUGUCUGGUUCCAGCCGUUAAUGUACAUGGAGUUUGGCAUUGGCAACUUGAGCCAGGAAAGUCACAUCCACAUCUCCGCAGACAAGUAUCGUAAUCUUCUCAACGACCUGGCUAUCGACACAUUUCUGAAUGUGGCAACUUACACAUCCAAAAUGUCCCCCUUCCCAAUAAGAUACGUCGACAUGCUGGUGAACUUACCGAUGCUGAUGCUGUCUGUACAGCAGAAACAGCCCCAUCAGUACGCUAUCAUUUCAGACUUUAAGAAUAUCUAUGAUGUCAGGCUCAAGUUGGAUGGGCAAGACGAGGACAUUUUUAAGAAAACUGAAUUUAGCUUCAAAGUUCGAUUGGUUCAAGACAUCAACUCAAAUGUCGUCAUAGACGAUAGUGAUUGCCUGCUUCUGAAGGUCAAAAUAUCUACAUACUCGGGCAGCAUCCUUCAUUUUCUAUCCAAUUUGAAGCUUGAGAUCGCUAGCCAGGCUCACAAGCACCUGAAGGGUGCUUUGGACCUCUUCGAUGGAAGCUUCCAGGAACUGCCUAGAGAAGACGAAAAUCUCACUGACCUCAGCAUGAAUGUGAAUACAGUCUUCUUACCUAAAACGUCAUUGAAACAGUACUCUAUACUUGCUGGUGGCUAUUACUACAUUUUAAUCCGCAUCAAACCAGACCAGAGAGUGAACAUCACAGGGCGUUUGGAUGGCACGGUCUCCCAGGAGGAGGCGAUCACAGUACAGUGCGUUCGUCUGAUGUGUGUUGAAUGGGAUAGCCACUUGCAGUCCUGGUCUACUAGAUACUGCUAUCCAACUAUUUAUUCACUGGGCCAACCGGCGUAUGUGAACUGUCUUUGUGAUACUGGAACCAUUUUUUCCGGAGGAUUCUCGCCUUGUUCUAAAAGCCUAACUGUCUACUGGGACGACUUUUCCUUGGAAGAUAUUGAUCUGCUGGACAUCAACUCGCGAAAGUUGCACGUGGCCUUUGCCAUCCUAUGCAUGUGGCUCAUAGUCGUUGCUCUCUUGGUUUGGACUACUCGAAGAGAUCGUCUGGAAGCUACAAUGGGAAAGACCUUCAUCCUGCCUCGUAUUUUCAGCUGGUACCAAGGUGAACAUUACCUGGUCUGCAUAGUGACCGGUUAUACUUAUGACUGUGGCACAAAACUGACCCCGACACUCACCAUCAUCGGCAGCAGUGAUGUCAGCUUCGUAUAUGUGCUCUUCCCACAGCAGGAAAUAUUGAAGACAGGUUCAGAAGUGUGGUUUAUUUUAAGCUGUUCUGAAGACCUUGGCACCAUACAGAGCUGUGUUUUAUCGCUGCCCAUGUCAACUUUUAAAGACUCUUGGCACGUGUCUCACAUUCUGUUUCGAAACUUGAGAACUCAAGAAGAUAGGUAUUGUAUCUGUGACGCCUGGAUCCCAGAUGUCAAAACUAAAGUCAACUUUAUUGUUAGACCAGUCACGCCAGUACCAGGUAAAAAUGUGAGAUCCUUGAUCUUCAAGCUGAUGUAUUUUAUGAGAAUGCUGCAUGUUGUUAUUGGAAUAGUUUUCAACAUGCCAGGACGUAGCUUCAACAAGAGCCUGCAUGUCAUUUGCUGCUUCUUCACGCUCCUCACCUGCAUGCUGUUCUGUGUCUGGACCACCGGGUCCGUGGAGCUGGAGCUCAAAGGCGACAUCGCCCUUGUCAGUGAGGAGAAGCAUUAUCAGAACCUAGCUCUGGAGGUGAACCUCUCCGCCACUGCCUCCUCCAUUGUCUCUUUCUGUGUCAUCGUUUGGUUUGAAGUUAUUGAACACCUACCUACAAAUAAUGUCCUGCACUGGCCCUUAAAAAUGGAGUAUGCCGAUGGUUCUGAUCGCAACCUGAACAGCAAAGAAGAUGGCUUGAGGCAGGAGAGCAUAGGCAGAAUGAUGGGAAGGGCUUACAAUCGUUCUCUGGCUUCCAUCGACCUCCAUAGCAGCCCCAGAAGCUCAUCGAUCCCCAGUAUCCAUACCCAAGUCCGUCUGUCUAGGCAGAGCGUGAAGUCGUUACAGAGCGCUCAGCCAGAAGCAGGGGUAAAGCGCUCAAAACUGUCGCUCUCCAUCUUCCAGCAGAUGUUGGUGAACAUCGGUUUGGAGAACUAUAUAUUUCGAAAACCAAAGAAGAGCAAGAAUUGGAAAGGCUUUGUCCGGUACUGCUCGGUCUCCUUGCUGAUACUUCUGAUCGUCUUUCUGAGCGUCUUUCUGGCUGCACUGGGCACUCGCAUCAACAGCAGCGGCUACUAUCUGACCGUCUCCUUGAUGACCUUCUUGAUUGUUCUGAUAAUCUGGCACCCGGUCUUCAUUGUUAUAGUCACCUUCUUGUUCGUGGAGAAGUAUAAACUAGGCAAGAGUGACGCAGACUCCAGGGUCAAAGGCUGGUCAGCAGAGAUGUAUACACAGGUACAAAUGCUUGACCAGAAUAAAGCAGAAGCCUUGCGCAAUGUCUCCUAUAAGCACACCUACAUUCCGGUGGCUAAGAAAUACAUCUACAGAAAGCAAUGUGCUCAGAUUACCAAGUCUCAGCAAAUCGGUGCAGGAGCACUGGUCAACGAGGACCACAGAGAGACCAGCGUCAAGAGGGUUAGCCUCUUCGUCUUCAUCAUCGUAGUGGUCAUCAUCAUCAACCUGCAGAGCGGCUCGGUCAGUGAGAGGUACAUGCAGACCAAGUUCAUGAGGCAGCUGAUCGAAGUGGGCAGGGAAGAGAUUGAGCUCCGUCAGGUAAUAGAAUACAACGAUUUCUGGGAACAUUUGCGUAGCAAGUUUCAUUUGGCCACCCACUGGUCACUGUCCAAUAAGAACACAACAACGAGUUUUAAAACUGUCUCCAAUGUCAGGGUCAGACAGAUACGUGCUGCUGCCUACAAAGGUAAUUGCACGAAUGACUUCUCUAUGUUACCAGCACACCAUUGUCACUUCGAUAUUGAAUAUGUUGACAUAGAAAAACGACAAUUCGCCUUGACCUGGGAGAAAGUCACUUUGCGCUCAAUAAGAACUGGUCCAUUCUCUUAUGUUCAGGGGACACCGUUUCAAACGAUUCGUCACCACUACCCAGGAGGAGGAUAUGACGCCCAGUACUCCCUGAUUGACACCAACCCUGACAUAAUAGACUACUUGAAGAUCAAGAACUGGGUAGAUGAGAGGACCAGGGCCGUCAAAGUGGAGGUCGCCCUAUUCAAUGCCGACACAAAGUUGUUGACAUCCAUAAUCCACGUGUAUGAGUUUACAGCAGUUGGCAUAUUCCAGGACACUCCUCAAGUGUACUCCUUCCCGUUGUUCUAUCAGCCGGCAUCCAGCGUCUUUCUCAGAGUUUGCAUUCUCUUGCUCUUCUUAUUCACACUCAUCUUUUCUGUCAAGGAUGCUAGAGAUAUGUACUACACUGGACUAUUCAAAUACAUGACGAGUCCUAUGGCCUGGGUGAACCUCUUGGACAGAGCAACUUGUUUUACUGUGAUCUUCAUGUUCGUCCUGGAGUACGAGAUCAGAAAAACUUCGGUGGAAAGUGUGCAAGACAUAUAUUUUGAGAACAAAGACUCUGAAACUUUUAUAGAUUUCUCCGCUGUCUCAGACGUUGCCUACAAGAUAACCCUGCUGUCCUGUAUAAUGGCCACCAUCGUAUUCCUCAAGGUCAUUCAUCAGACGACGAACAUCCCAUCGCUGGCCCAGUUUUUGAAACUUAUCCCUCCAGUGCUCCGCAUCUCUUACCUGCCCAUACUGACCAUCCUGUACUUCGCCAUCUUGGCCUAUUUCAUCUUCGUAGAGUUUGAAGAGUUCGCCACCUACCGCAGCGCCACCUUCACCAUCACCGUCAUGAUGAUGAACCUGAACGUGGUGUCCGCCCUGAAGGAGAGCUACAGCACCCUGGGCCCCAUGUUCGUCACGGUCUGCAUGUCGGUGCUGAACUACAUCGUGCUCAACUACUUCAUCAUCCUCCUGAACGAGCAGUACUCCAAGAUCUGCUCGCUCUCCCUGCUGCUGAACCAGGGGAAGCGGCACAACAUUCUGCAGGACAUCCUCAAGAUGGUCAAGCCCCCGAAGAUCCAGGAGGAGAGGAAGAGAGAGCGGGUGGAGGAAGAGGAGGUGGUGGACUACGUGGUGCUGCCUGAAGACGCCAAAUAUGCCACCGAUGUUCUAGAGGUGCUGGAUGAUACCGAAACAUCUAGCGAGGUUUAGAAAACCGUUUAUUUACAUUACCGGCUUCAUUGAAGUCCUUACUUUGACCAUUAAACACACACGAUAAAUAAGUGUACAUAUUGACCGUAUGACAGACGUAUGUAUAAGCUUUAUGGCGCAUGUAUGUAUAACUCAUGAUGACUAUAAUAGACAUAGUUUCUAUUGUUUAGAAACAGUAUAUACAGAAUGCAUUCAUUUGUAUAGAAAAACAAAAUAUUUGAUGAAGGACGCAUAUGUAGAUCAGAUUUAAUAUAAUUCCAUUGCAAGAGUACUUAGAGAACUUGUGUAGUUUGUAUAUUAUUAUUAAGAGGUAUCUAUGGGGACAAGCUAGUAUGGUGUAUUAAGCUGUACAAAGGAAGUGCUGGACUGAUGAUGAUGAAGGCUAAGGUACUCGGUAUUGUUUUGCGACCUUCACCUUGUCAUAUCUGACAUCUGCUGAGAAGGAUUCAUGUUGUACAAAACUAGUUGUACACAAAACAAUGGAUGAUUAUUAAAAUGUAUGAGCUUUUACUUUGCCAUGCCAAGGUAGACCAGAAGGAUCUAAGACUAGAGAGCAUAUACCUGCUAUUGUCGUGCUUUAGUUUUGCUUUAUAUUCUAGCAUUUUCUUUUGUAUACGAUUUUUUUAAUCAUGAUAUUGUCGACACAAUAAAU